CUCCUUUCAAAGUAAUUAUUAUCCACUCGACACUUCUAUCUGCGUCGCAGUUACAAGCCUAGCAGCUGAAUCUCCUCCCUAAGUGUGAUUAUAUCUCACAUAGCAUUGCCAAAACGAUGACAGUCACCAAGUUGUUCUCCCUCAAGGGGAAGGGUCUCAAGUUCGACACGGCUGCCGACUUGGAGCCCCAUAUCGCGGAGCUGCGAUCCAACGAUGUCGAGGAGGUUCAGCUUCUGGGAAACACUUUCGGUGUAGAAGCUUGCAAACUUCUUGGUGAAGUUUUGGCCACUAAGAAGAACCUUCGAGCUGCUGACCUUUCCGACAUGUUUACCGGCCGUCUUUUGAGCGAAAUUCCCGAAGCGCUGUCUCAUCUUCUGACGUCUAUCCUCAAUCUUCCGAAUCUCCACACCAUCAACCUCAACGAUAACGCUUUUGGCAUCAACACGCAGGCCCCCCUCGUUGCCUUCCUUGCCGCCCAUGUGCCUCUGCAGCACCUCUACCUGAACAACAACGGACUCGGCCCUCACUGCGGUAUUCUCGUUGCCGACGCGCUUUCCGAACUACAUGCGAAGAAGGAGGCGGCGAGGAAGGAGGGGAAGGAUGUUCCCUACCUCGAAACGGUCAUCUGCGGGCGAAACCGCCUAGAAAACGGCAGCAUGCACGCGUGGGCCAAGGCCUUCAGUCUUCACAACAAGAUCAAGGAGGUCAAGAUGGUGCAGAACGGCAUCCGUCAGGAGGGUAUUUCGCACCUCCUCAGCGAGGGUCUCGGCCACGCCAGUGGGCUUCAGGUGUUGGACCUCCAAGACAACACCUUUACUAUGCAGGGUGCUCGCGUGCUGGCCAGAGUAGUUCCUUCGUGGACGGAGCUGAAGGAACUUGGCCUCAGCGACUCGUAUCUCGGAGCCAAGGGAAGCAUGCUACUCUCCCAAGCCCUUUCCAAGGGCCAGCAAAAGCACCUGGAGACCAUCCGACUGCAGUAUAACGACAUCACACCUAAGUCUCUCGAGGGCUUCGUGCAUGCAGCCGCUUCCCUGCCUGCGUUGAGGAAACUUGAAAUCAACGGCAACAAGCUGGACGAAGAGGACCCUUCCAUCAUUGCCUUGCAGGAGUUGCUCGAAGAGCGCAAGGAGAAGAAUGGAGGCGACCUUGUCGACGAGGACGGCUGGGGCCUCGAUAGCCUCAGCGACCUGGAAGGAAUGGAUUCGGAAGAGGAGGAGGAGGAGGAAGAAGAAGAAGAGGAGGAGGUAGAGCUGCCCGCGGAGAAGAGAGCCGAGAUUCUCAUCAAGGAGGCCGAGGAGGCCCAGGAGGAGCCUGUUGUACAAGUCAAGGACAAGGAGGUGGAAGAGCUUGCCAAGAAGUUGGAGAAGACAGAGAUUUAG